AUGGGUGCUAAUGAUCGCGGUGGUUCAGUGCUCUGUACUUGGCAGCAGGUUGGCAACAAGUCGCACCUACUGUCCUCAGUUAACGCGCGGGCCUUGGAGGACGUGCGAUGCAUUAAGGAGUCGAACGCGGGCGGAGGUAUGCGCGGCGUGCCAACGAUACCGACGCCGGCGUCGCAGUGCGUGUCGGCGCAGACGGGUUUCUUCAUCCUGCACGGCAAUGGUGCUCCGGGCGUCAACGACGGCGCCGGUGCGGUCGGCGCGAUGGCGCACGGCGGCAACGGCAACCCCGACGGUGGCUCAUCGUUGACGUGCUACAGCCACUUCGCGCCGACCGCGCCGCAUCUCAUGGACCUGAGCGGCCCGCUGGCGGAUCACCCGCAGCAACAACAGCAGCAACAGCAGACCCACCACCACGGCUACCAUCAGCACCCGCACAACCAGGUCGCGGUGGAGUACACCGAGUUGACGCAGACGAUGUUCAAGACCCCUCCGGAGGAGACGCGCUACCAUCCCCAUCCCCAUCAACCCUCGAAUCAUCAUCGGGAGCAGCCGGAGUACGAGCAGCGGCUCCACUCGACGUGCGACUCGCCCGAGUUCCUGUCGGACUACAGUAGGGACCACGAGCAGCACAGCAUGUGCCUGACUCCGUCCUCGCAGAGCGUCUACUCGCCCAGCGGCUGCGGCGCCGACGAGAUGGGCACUCCCAGCUCCGUCCAGUCGGUCCACGGCCAGACGGGCUCCUACGUGGACAUGGUGGAGUACAAGCCGGGCGUGAUGGAGGAUAGGAUGGUCGCGAGAUACGGUUGUGAACAGGAGCUCGGCCGCGUCACCGAGCCGUCCUCGUCGACGACGACGACGACGACGACCAAGAGUUACGGCGGCGGCAGGGUGGGCGGCGUCAGGACGGCGGUCAAGAGAAAGAGGCGGCACAGCGGCAACAACAACAGCAACAGCAGCGGCAACGGUUGCUGCAACAGCAACGAGUCCGACGGCGAGGCCGCCUCGGCGGCCUCGUCGACGAGGACGAAGGCGCGCCGCAAGAACGACCAGGAUCUGCAGAAUCAGCGGACGAUGGCGAACGUCCGGGAACGCCAGCGGACGCAGAGCUUGAACGAGGCGUUCGCCUCGCUUCGGAAAAUUAUACCGACCAUGCCGAGCGACAAGCUCAGCAAGAUCCAGACGCUCAAGCUCGCUACCAGAUACAUCGACUUCCUCUUCCACGUGCUCAAGAGCAACACCGAGAAUAUCGAGUACAUCGAGAACGCAGAACUGGGCACUCCAAAUGCGAUUUUGGCCGCAAAGGAGGUCGUGUCGUCGUCGAGCAAUUACAUAGCGCACGAGAAGCUGUCGUAUGCAUUUAACGCCUGGAGAAUAGAAUGCGAUUGGAACACUUCUACGUAGGACAUAGGAUAAAAUUACAUUAAAAUUUAAUGAGGUAAGAGGAUAGGAGAUCGGGAACGUUCUCGAAUCCAAUUCCAGAAUAUUUUGCUCAUCGAGAGAGAGAGAAAGAGAGAAUGUACACAUG